AUGGAGAACUUAGUGACCAUCCUAGACUCCUCAGAUCUCUUUGACUUCUUCUUCUUGGUGAGGGAGGCAGUUUCGUAAUCAUUGAAAAGCUGACGUGAUCGACUGCAGGUGGUUCGUUUUUUGUGCAGGGUGAAAAAUUUCUGGGUUCUGAGGGUACAGGUGGCAUUAGUGUGUUUUUUUCAGUCGCUAGAAAUGACUCUCUGGUUUGUGCUUCUGAAGAUGAUGCGUCACCAUCGCUUGGGCUCUGCUUAGCUGUGUUAGCAAGGGAAGACAGGGUCUCAUCCGAUAGUGGAUCAAUAAAUAACACGGGGUCCUCUAUUUUGAAAAUCAGAUGAGGGCAAAAUUUCUUUGUUGAAUGGGACAAUGCCAGUGCAUCGGAAUCCAGACAAAUAGGCAGCAUUGAACAGCUCCCCAAGCUUGUCCACAGUGACUCUGCGGCCAGGAUGGUAGGUGUGUGGAGGGAGUGACAGGAUGACAACACCAUUAUCACCAGCAUACUCUAUGGUGGAGAGAAUCUUUGUGUGUUUCAUAGCCUAACCAAUUAACCCUCCAUAAAGGAUUACAGCUUCAGGAUACGAUAUUGUACUGGUAUAAUAAAUUAUUGUGAUAUACAUGUAGCAGUGAAACUUAAAAUAUAUAUUUGUUUAAUUUAUAUUUCUUUUCCCUUUAGAAGCGUAACGUGUACCAUUUGUGGCAAGUAAGUUGUUAUAAAGCUCCUGAAUUUUCACUGCACAUAGAUUAACCAUUUCCCCAAUUCUUAUUAAACUAUUCUUUAUUAAAAUCAUACUGUGUUUGCUUGGAAGUAUGAAUAAUGAUUUCUCAAUCAGGUUUUGAAACAACUCCAUUGCUCGACUCGUGUAUGGUUUCUCUAUGUUUUAGGACCUGCGUGGGUGAGGGGGGGUUAAAAACCCACCAACGAAAAAGCACCAAAUGUCUGGUAGAUACUUAAUUACAGGAGAAAUUCCAUCUUGUAUUCCUGAUUAAUGUUAACAUUCAGUGUUGAAUAUACUAGAUACAUAGAUAGUUUCUUUAUACAUGAAAUUUAAAGCAUGCGCAGGAGUAAUUUUGGGGGCAAUUCAUAUGGGGCAAUCUAUACGACAGUUGAUUUGCUGAUCUGCUCGAAAACGUUCACAGGAAACCCAUAGAAGUAAAGGUAUACGUUUGCGACUUGUUGUGUACGAUUCGUAUUCCAGUGUAUGUAAUCGAAUAAAGACGCGUAAAGUGGUUGUAUUUCAAAUUUGGCCAUAAUCUGGAUGAGGAGAAGUGUGAAGUCAGCAGUAAAUUCCAUACGCCAGAAGACGCCAGUACACGACAGAUCGCAGCGUGUAAACGUAGCUUGAGACGCAGCAACUUAAAAUCAAUGUUUAUGCAUAAAAUUCUAAACGCGGUGACACCACGCCCACUCAGAGAAACGCCUUGCAAUUAAAGGAUGAAACGGAUGUUGAUCAAUAUUUGAUAUUUAUACUUUAUUUUGUAACUUGCAUUUUGUUUUGCAAGUUUAAUUUGAUUUCGUUUUAAAGGAAUCCAAGAUAGUUAAUUAGAAAUAUGCUGCAGAUCACGUGACCUGAUCCUACCAGGGUCUUCCCUCCACAAGAAGUAGGAGUCUGGAAACGAGGUUGCCCCCCCCCCCCGUGACAAAUUUAUUAUAUCUUAUUAUAUCAUUAUUAUAGGAGAUGGCGGCCAAAUUGCACAACUAAAAGGUACAUAUAUUGUUCUAGAAAUAUUAUUCAGUCACUCCCCAUUGGGUCUUUUCAGUGACCGACUACAUCAAGUAUUGCGUUUACUUGUAUUAUUUACUUCGCCUAGACUUUAUCUUUACAACAAUUGUGAUUGCUUUCUUAUGUCUAUUUUUAUCCUAACCCACCCUGUCAACUUUCACUGUGGGAGGAAACUUGAGCACCCGAGCCAAAAUUGCUACACCCCUGUGACAAACUUAUUAUAUCUUAUUGUAUCAUUAUUAUAGCCAAAAUUAACCGGAAAAAAAUUGUAAAAGAUACGUUAAUUGAUGAUCUUGCAUUAAAACGGGCAAAUAAAAGGGGUAACGAACAACCUCGUACCCAGGGUUCUACAGAAAGACAACCCUGGGUACGAGGUUGGGUAACGAACCGAUAAUAAACGUUUCGUCAAGUUGUUUUUCGUUUCACAAAAUGAGAGUUUAUAUUUUCGAAAUCUAUGGUACAAAAUGUACGGAAAUUCGAAAACGGAAUUGAAAUUGUUUUUUUAGUGUAAAAGUUAUUGCCGUUUAAACAUGGAAUUUGGCCUUGUGAAAAAUCUGAAAACCGCGCAAAAGAGACUGGACAAAACAAUGCGUGUGACGUAAUAGCAGGAACUUAUGUAGCUCACUAAUAUAGAAAUACUAUUGCAUGUACUAUCAUAGAGGAGGCAAUAGCGCAAAUAAAAGUCAGGAAACUGAAAAAUUGCCGAAUAUAUGUGUAACAGGCGGUUGUUCUAAUGUCACAUAGUAUUCUAUAGCAGUUUAAUAGUAUGUUACUAAAUGACUAUGCCUACGAUAUGCCAUUAAAAUCGUCCCGGGGGGGGGGAUUUUCCACUCUCAGCUUGCCCAAGGGCUGUGUAUUAGUCUCCUAGUUGUGUCCCUGCACUCGGGCAUUUGCACUAUCGUAACCAAUCAAACCUCUGUAAACGACAUUAAUCUAUUCAUUUCCAUUGUACAGAUUUCCGAUUAAGAAAGAGGGAAUGGCAAGAGCGUUUGGAAAGGAAUUCGAAAGGUAUCUAAUAGAUUAA